AUGACCACAGUUUUGGAUGCACAAAGUAUAAUGCUCUUCGAUUUCCUCCAAAAUGGGAAUACAAUAAAUGGAGAUUAUCACUCUUCACUCUUGGAUCAAUUGAAUCAAGAAAUCAAAGCAAAAGCCCCUUAUCUUGCCAAGAAGACAGUAUUCUGUUCUGUCAUUCCAACGACCAAUUGUUGUUCACGACGUUGUCUGCUAGUGAGCAGCGUGUUAACGGCGCUGUUAGUUGGCGCGCUGGUAGCGGUGCUGGUGGUGCAGCCGUGGGCCAACCACAACCAGACGCGCUAUCGCCGCGCCGCAGUCGCCGCCAAUGGAUACGAAUGCGCUUCUAUUGGACGCGCAAUAUUGGAAAGGCAGGGCUCUGCAGUGGAUGCGGCUAUAGCGACGUUGUUUUGUGAAGGGAUAUCGUGUGCACAAUGCAUGGGCCUCGGCGGCGGAUUCUUAGCAACCAUUUACGACGCACAGACUCGUCGAGUACGAGUUAUCAACGCGAGAGAGCGAGCCCCAGCAGCGACAACAGAAGGCAUGUUCGCCAACGCGUCUUCAACCGUAGGAGGGCUGGCCAUCGCCGUCCCUGGAGAACUGAGAGGCUAUGGCGCCCUUCAUCGGGAGUACGGACGCCUUCCUUGGGCGGAGUUGGUGCAGCCGACGGCGGAACUGUGCCGGCAGGGACAUCGCGUCAACGAAUACAUGGGUCGGGUGUUGAAAUCAUACAGCACCCGAAUCCACAACGAACCUACAAUGCGCGAAUUGUACGUGAACCCAGCGACCGGGGAGGUCUGGAACGAGGGCGAUUACAUUCGAGAACCAACCCUAGCGCGUACUCUAGAUAUCAUCGCAGAGGAGGGCCCGGAGGCGAUUCACAAUGGCUCCUUAACGGGGGCGUUCGUCCGCGACAUACAGAACUUGGGAGGAAUAAUCACAGAAGAGGACCUCAACAACUACAGAGUGGAGUGGCAAGAGCCAAUCGAAGUGCCGCUAACAGAGGAGCACACGCUGUACUCGGUGCCGCUGCCGGGCUCGGGUUCCGUGCUGGCCUUCAUCCUCAACAUGCUGAACGGCUGGGUGGGCGUCAACAGCGACGUGGCGCGCGGCACCAACCUCUACUGGCACCGCGUCAUAGAGACAUUCAAGUAUGCGUACGCAAAACGAACCGGUCUAGGCGACCCUUCACGCUCUAAUCUCACCUAUCAGAUUCGUGACUUGGAACACAAUCUCACAAACAUUGCAUGGGCCCGAUCAUUCCGAAAUCUAGUGGACGACAAGCGUACAUUUUCUGAUUGGAGGCACUAUGGAGCCAUAUUCGAAGGCGCUGAUGAUCACGGCACAGCGCAUAUCGUCGUGAUUGCUCCCGAUGGCAGCGUUGUGUCGGCUACAAGCACCAUAAAUUAUAUUUGGGGUUCUCAGCGAAGAUCCACAAGUCUAGGGAUUAUGUUAAAUAAUGAAAUGGACGAUUUCUCAAUACCAAGCCGUGACUCUUCCUACGGAAUGCCGCCUUCGCCAGCCAAUAUGUUAGCUCCUGGCUUACAACCGCUGAGCUCUAUGGUCCCUAGUGUUGUACUCUCAAGGAACGGUACUGCAGACUUGGUGAUUGGAGCAGCCGGAGGGACCAAGAUCACGACACAAGUUGCUCUGGUUGCGAUGCAUUCAGUUUUGGAAGGCGAUGAAUUGGGUGAUAUAAUUCCAAGACCUCGUCUCCACCAUCAACUCAUGCCAAUGGAAGUUGAAUAUGAAUCUGAUUUUAAACAUAGCGUGAUUGAAUCAUUGCGCGCACGAGGCCACGCGACGACAGAGCGAGGUCCGACGGCCGGGUUCGCGGCCAUGGUCGGGGCGGCCAGAGAAGACGGGUUUAUAGUGCCGCAUACAGACAGACGCCGCGUCGGUAGUGUCGAUGGAUUCUAG